UACUUUACCCAAACAAAUAGGCAAAAAAAGGACUAUCAUUAUUUUAUUGAUAACAUUUUUUUUAUACUCUUGGCCGGUUGUCUCUUUUUAACUUUGCUGACUCAUCAAGCACUUCCAUACAAGUAUAACCCCACUCUCACCACCACAACACCACCGCAACACCACCACCACCACCGUCACAAUGUCGUCCAAUAAUCUCUCCGACCACCACUCCGACGACCAAAACGGCACCACCACCACCCCCACCCCCCUCACCCCCACCACCAUCCGCUCCGAAUUCUCCCACCACUCCCCCAUCAUCGCCCGUAUCAACAACGGCAGCUUCGGCUCCGUCCCUAACUCCGUCAUCCUCUCCCAACGCCGUUACCACCUCCGUUUCCUCCAACAACCAGACGACUUCUACCUCAACCACCUCAAACCCUCCAUAUUACGCUCCCGUGACGUCAUCAAAACCCUAAUCAACGCCAAUCACGUCAACGAGAUCUCAAUCAUCGACAACGCCACCACCGGCGCCGCCAUCGUCCUGCAACACGUCAAAUGGAGCUUCUUCGACAACAAAUUCAACUCCGGCGACACCGCCGUCAUGCUCCACUACGCCUACGGUGCCGUUAAAAAGUCCGUGCAGGCUUACGUCACACGCUCUGGAGGUGACGUCAUCGAGGUUAAAAUGCCAUAUCCUGUUUAUUCUAAUGAUGAGAUUAUUAAAGCGUUUAGAAAUGGUUUGAAUUUGGGGAAAAUGAAUAAUAGGAAAGUUAGGUUAGCGGUUAUUGAUCAUAUUACGUCUAUGCCAUCGGUAGUUAUUCCGGUUAAAGAGUUAGUUCAAAUGUGUAGGGAUGAAGGGGUAGAUUGUAUAUUCGUCGAUGCUGCACACGCGAUCGGGUCGAUUGAGGUCGACGUGCAGGAUAUCGGGGCGGAUUUUUACACGAGUAACUUGCAUAAGUGGAUGUUUUGUCCGCCUUCGGUUGCGUUUUUGCAUUGUCGGAAUCCGGAAAUGUCGAACUUACACCAUCCGGUGGUGUCGCACGAGUACGGGAACGGGAUAGCGAUCGAGAGUUCGUGGGUGGGUACGCGGGAUUACAGCGCGCAGUUGGUUGUACCGGACGCGUUGGAGUUUGUGAACCGGUUUGAGAACGGGAUUGACGGGAUACGGAAGUGGAAUCACGAGAAGGUUGGUGAGAUGGCGGAGAUGUUGGUGGAAGCGUGGGGGACGAAUCUUGGAACCCCGUUGGAUAUGUGUGCGAGUAUGGCGAUGGUUGGGUUGCCGGUUUGUUUGGGGAUUGGGAGUGAGUCGGAUGCGUUGAAGUUAAGGAAGCAUUUGCGGGAUUGUUUUAUGGUUGAGGUUCCGAUUUAUUAUCGGCAGCCGGUUGAUGGGGAGGUGGAUCCGGUUACGGGCUAUGCGAGGAUUUCGCAUCAGAUUUAUAACACGGUUGAUGAUUAUUAUAGAUUUAGGGAUGCUGUUUGCAGCCUUGUUUCGUCUGGGUUCACGUGUAAAGUUUUUCAAGAUUGAAAAGAGUUCUUUAUAUGUAGCUUGGAUGUAAGACUGCCGAGUUGCUGUUGCUGUUGACUUUUACAAUAAUGCUUCUGCUGCCAGAGGAUUAGACUACAAUUCUUGUAGCACAUGAUGAAAGUAGAAUGUUCAUCUGGUAAUAUUGUUGUUUAGCUUCUUUAAAUUUGUACAACUUGUUUCGGAGCAGUUGCUUUUUACAAACUUGAUGUCCAUAAAUCCACGAUUUUACAGAUUCAUUUCGGACAAUUGAACCU